GCGAGAGCGAGGCAGCUGCUGGUAGAGUUCUCACAGCGAGUGUUUCCGCACACCUAGAAGAAAAGAGCCCGAGAGAGCAGACCGAGGACGAGGAAACAGCAGGGCAGCCCUGACGGAACUACACGACGAAAAACAUUACAUUUUGUGUGUGUGUGUGUGUUAUUUUCCCCCACAUUCUCGUCUGGGUGUCUACGUUGCACGGCCUUUAAUGCCUCUAAUGUGAAAGGAGAGGAGGGCUCGCUGGUAACCUUUGCGUCGGUUAAGCCGUAGAGGACUCUCGCUGGUCGCUGGAGGAAAAGAUGUGCGAUGGAAUGGUAGCGUUUCAGACGAGAGCCCUGUCCUCUUCCUCCUCUUCUCCUCUAGCCCACAGGCUGGCUGCCUCCGCGCUUCUCCUCCUCUUCACCCUGCUCCCUCAUGGUCACGCAUCAGGUUGUGCGAGGCCGCCCGGCGUGGAGCACGGAGACCUGCUGAACCAGACCGAAGCCAACCGGGGCUCCUUUCCCCCCGGCACCCUGCUGACUUAUGGCUGUGAACCGGGCUACAGUGCAGAUGGACCCACAAGCAUCAUUUGCACCAGCGCUGGAGCCUGGUCCCCUCAACCUCCAGGCUGUGUCAGAAGCAGUGUGUGUUCACCCCCAACUGAACCAGAGAACGGGGGCUACCGCUGUCACCCGUCUCCCUGCCACCGCCUCACCCAGAAGACCGUCAUCGAGUACUUCUGUGAUGAGGGCUUCGCUCUUAAAGGAGACUACAAGUUCCUCACCUGCCAGAACGGGGAGUGGGACGGGCCAAUGCAGAUUAGCUGCAGGCUCACACAAGACAAGGAGCCGAGCUCGCCGCUGGGUAUACCAGCUCUUUCUAUCGUGACAUCCACCGCCAGUUCUGUGGCACUCAUCCUGCUUUUAGUUGUGCUGUUUGUUCUUGUGCAGCCCAAACUCAAGUCCUUCCAUCACAGCAGAAGGGAGCAGGGAGUCUCGGGCCAGUCCGGCUCCAUCAUGGUGGAGGGCGUCCAGGUGACACUUCCCUCUUAUGAAGAGGCAGUAUAUGGAAGUGGCGGGCCCUGUGGCUCCUCCGGUCCUCCUCCUUCUCCGUCACCCCCUCCUGCUCCUCCAGAGUCUCGUGUUCCCAUCGUGCUGUCUGAGGGUCUUCCUCAGGGAGCCACAGGAGGCCAAGGCCCCAGCAGAACCCACCACCACAGAGACUUUGACUUCUGUCUCCCAUCCACGUCCUCUUCAUCGUCCUUCUCAUCCCGCCGUCAAGCAGAGACGGUGCUGGUUCAUGAGGCCCCAUCCUCCUCCUCUUCUUCUUUAUCAUCAUGGGCUAGAGAGCACCCUGGGGGUGCGUGCGCAGGCCCCCUACCUCUCCGUAGAGACUCCGAGAGCAGCGACCAGCACAGUCUGCUUUCUGUCACCUCUACAGAUGAUUUUUCUGAUGAUAUUCCUCUGCUGAAGGAAGCAUGAAGCCUGCCAGCCUGCUAUCAGCAUCAGCAGCAGAGGCCCCCCGUUCCCCAAUCUCUCUCUGCUGACCAGGACUGACUGUGGCUGUCAACCCACUUCCCCCUGACUUCCCUUCAGCAGAGAAAAAGACUAGAACUUUGUUCAUCACCCCAUGCAACCUCUUCUGCCAUCGCUGCCCAUGCAGAGCAAAACCAACUACCGAAACUCACAAGCAAUGAUGGAGCACCACUGGACCCAGCUGCUGGUUCAAACUGCAGACAAACAAAGUGGUGCCAGCUUAACGUAAAUCCUGUAGAUCCGAUGUAUAUGAGUAAAACACACACUGAGUUAAGGUUGUGUACCAUAGGCUUUGUGUUACUAUACACUUGCCUACUCCCAGGUGUAGUUCUCUAUAUUACCAUCGCUCACAGAGGCUUCAUGGGAGAAGGCAAUAGCAACCGAGACACCUCGACUCUGUCUGGGAUUACUGCAGAUAAAAAAGAUAAAUAUGAAAUAACUUGUGAUGUUAGCUCCUGAAGCCGCGGCGCUCAGAAUCUGAAUUGUCUUCCCGCUGUACUUGAAAAGUUGUGAGUGGCGGCUGGGUUAUUUUUUUAAUAUUCUUUUUUUUUUCUUUUUUUUUUGGUGAAUGCUGCAUGUUGUUUUGAGUUAUUGCUGUCACAGCACGGUGGACCCACUCUGAAUGAAGCAUGAAGCCUCCUCUGCCUCUCACUCUCUCUUUCUCUCUUGCUGUCUGUGUUUCCGGGGUGGCGUCUAGCAUAUGGAUUAGUGGGAUCGAGAACCACUUCACAGGAGCUAAAAGCAGGAUGCAGCGUUUGACGGAGCACCGUGUCACCACUAUAUAAAGACCUGCUCCUUUCUCUUUUCCGUUGCCAGCUGCACCGUGACUGUGGAAGGUGCUUCUUCUGUCGCAUGACUGGGAUUGAUUGGCGUUUUGGUUCCAGGGAUGUGCAAUGAGUCUUACCUGAAUAAACCAAGGGAGACAUAUUGUCAUAUUCUGAGUGCAAGCUGAGAAGAGGGUUGUCUUUUAACAUGGUGAUUGGGCACGUGACUGAAAACUUAAGGCGUUUUUUUUCUUUUUUUUUCUUCACACUCUAUUUAUUGUUUGGUGUUUGGCUCAGUUUGCUGAAUCUGAGUGCAUGUGUGUGCGUGUGUGUGCAUCUUUGUGUGUCAGCCAUUUUCUGACUUGCCUGUCCUCAGAUCAGAGACUGGCCUCACAAUGUCCCCGUCUUACACCACAGGAAAAUUCUCCCUCCAGCACUGAAUAAGUCACAUGAACAAACCAGCGUCACUUCAGGCAACUGGUCCACCACACAAUGUGUGUAUUAUUCAUCUGCUCUCCAGCUAGAAUAUUUAUCAUUUUCUGCUGAAUGGCUGGAAAACACGAGUCCUAUCAGAGGAAAUGGCUCUCGCCCACCUUCACACUGUACCGAAGACUCUCCACUUUUGUGCAUUAUUGACACGGCUGCAACUGGUUGCAGUGACACGAUGAAAAAAGUUUUUGUUAUAUAGCACCCCCCACCCCCGCCACAUACACUCACUUACCCUCCUCACGUCAAGUGCAGACUUAAGAGAGAAUGGUGUUAUUUUGUUAGAAAUCAUCCUCUGUUUCCAUCACCACUUGAAAAGCUCCGGUGGUUGAGCUGGUCACUUUGGAAACAGCAUGACUCUGGAGGAUCCCGGGAAUUACUUUUCAAGCUUUGCUGCUCAGAGAAAAAGAAAAGCUCAAACAGAACAACCCAUCUGAAAUUCUGUUCUCAGUUUUAGUUGGUAUUUGUGGCUGUCUGUCAAUGUCAACGGCUACAUUAUUAAUGCAAACAAUGUUGCCUUAGACCUGUACAUUUUCUUUUCUUUCAUUUUUUGUUUUUGUUUCGGGGACUGGGGGUGUAUAAUCUAAAUACUCUGCGUUGGUUGCUUUACAGUAUUGCAACGUGUUCUGUUUUCCCAAUGGCCUUACUCUGUUCUUUUCUAUUCUAUGCAUAAGACUGUCUUUGUGUAUUUAUCAAUGAGUUUACUUUUGUUGUGGACACAGCUAAACGAAUGUCCAAUCCUUCUCUGUGCUCCCCUUUCCAGCUACUGUGAUGAUGAUGAGGAUGAUGAGGAUGAUGAGGAUGAUGAUGAACCUAUAAGCACCUAUAUUUCACUUUUCUUUUGCUUAUUUUGCUACAAGGCAUUAACAUAUGAUGGGUUUGAAAGGAAUAAAAAAAGAACAUAAAUGAACUUUGCGUUUAGAAGCACUGUUGUACGGUGUUGCCUCCCAGAAAAUAACUGGUUAAAAAAAGUACACAUCUUGAUUCUUACUUUCAAUGCUUCUCAGCUUUGGUUUUUCCUCUGUACAUGGCAGUGGGUGUGAAGAUAGUAAUUUAAUAUUUGUACAAAGUUUAAUUUAAUUUUACAGUGUGUAUAUAACUUUCUAAUUAAAGCUUUCUUUUGAAUGUGGAA